UCAAGAUGUCUCAAACAUUGCUAGACAGUUUAAAUCAGAAGGAGUUGACGGAAACGUCAUGUACAAUCGAAAUCCAGGCAGCGUUCAUUCUUUCCUCCUUGGCAACUUUCUUCGGGGGACUCAUCAUCUUAUUCCUUUUCAGAAUAGCCUUGAAAAGCUCAAGAAGUUGGAAAUACGUCAAGGGGCCAAGAGGAGUCUUGGAACUAUUCUCAUCACGUAGAAUCGAGGCUAAUCCUUUGAGGAAACUUUACUUUCAUGGAGUAUUUCGUGAGCGCAUCGAAAUGCUGCUUUCUGCACAGACCGUCGUGGGGCAAGUGUUGGUGAUCCUUGUCUUUUUACUAAGCAUCGGGUCUCUUGUGAUCUAUUUCAUCAAUUCAAUGGAUCCUGUUCGAAGGUGUUCUUCAUAUGAAGACAAAAUCGUCCAUGUGGAUUUGAGUUUCAACGCUUUCUUUAGCUUCUAUUUUGGGUUGAGGUUUUGGGCAGCUGAAGACAAGAUCAAGUUCUGGUUGGAGAUGAAUUCAAUUGUAGACAUUUUUACCAUCCCGCCAACCUUUAUUUCUUAUUAUUUGAAGAGUAAUUGGCUAGGUUUGAGGUUUCUAAGAGCUCUGCGGUUGCUCGAACUCCCUAAAAUCUUACAGAUCCUACAAGUCAUCAAGACCAGCAAUUCAGUGAAGCUUUCCAAACUGUUGUCAAUCGUUAUCAGUACCUGGUUCACAGCAGCAGGAUUCCUUCACCUGGUGGAAAAUUCUGGUGACCCCUGGCUCAACGGAAGAAACUCACAGACUAUGUCAUACUUUGAGUCUAUUUAUCUGGUGACAGCAACAAUGUCAACUGUUGGCUUUGGGGACGUGGUAGCCAAGACAUCCCUAGGACGGAUUUUCAUUGUUUUCUUCACCCUUGGGAGUUUGAUACUAUUUGCAAACUACAUUCCAGAAAUGGUGGAGCUCUUUUCUACCAGGAAGAAAUACACCAAGCCCUACGAAGCAGUCAAAGGAAAGAAGUUCAUCGUGGUCUGUGGAAACAUCACAGUUGACAAUGUGACUGCUUUCCUGAGGAAUUUUCUCCACCGGAAGUCCGGGGAGAUCAAUAUUGAGAUCGUAUUCCUCGGAGACUUUUGGCUUGUGCGCUCCUCCACAAUCCGGGCUGACUUGUUCACUGGCUCCAUCCUGUAUAGGUCUUAUGCAGGCAAGAAAAGCUACCAUGAGUUCGUGGAGAACUCGGAGGCGUGCCUGAUUCUAGCCAACCAUUUCUGCAGUGACUUACAUGACGAAGACAACUCAAACAUUAUGAGGGUGCUCUCGAUCAAGAACUAUUAUCCACAGACCAGAGUCAUCAUCCAGAUACUUCAGUCUCAAAACAAGGCUUUCCUGUCAAAAAUCCCCAACUGGGACUGGAGCGCUGGAGACAAUAUCAUCUGCUUUGCAGAGCUAAAGCUCGGAUUUAUCGCUCAAGGCUGCUUGGUGCCAGGGCUGUGCACCUUUCUCACGACUCUGUUCAUUGAACAAAACCAAAAGGUUUUUCCUAAACAUCCCUGGCAAAAACAUUUCUUGAAUGGCUUGAAGAACAAGAUUCUGACACAGCGCCUCUCGAAUGACUUCGUUGGGAUGACAUUUCCCCAGGUCUCCCGGCUCUGCUUUGUGAAGCUAAAUCUCAUGCUGAUCGCCAUCCAACACAAGCCCCUCUUUCACAAUUCUUGCACUCUGAUACUAAAUCCAUCAUCCCAAGUGAGGCUGAAUAAGGACACCUUAGGGUUCUUCAUUGCGGACUCCUCCAAAGCCGUCAAAAGGGCUUUCUUUUACUGUUCCAAGUGUCACAGCGAUGUGUGCAAUCCUGAGCUAAUUGGAAAGUGUAACUGUAAAGUCAAGAGCCGACAACAACUCAUAGCACCGACCAUCAUGGUGAUGAAAAGCAGCUUGACCGAUUUCACCACUUCUUCACACAUCCACGCUUCUAUGUCAACAGAAAUUCACACACGUUUUUCAAGAGAACAGCCUAGUUUGGUCACCAUUGCAACCAACAGACCAACGACAAGCGACACAGUGGACGAUACCGAUACCGAUAUGCUGGACAGCAGUGGCAUGUUUCACUGGUGCAGAGCAAUGCCCUUGGACAAGGUGGUUCUGAAACGAAGUGAGAAGGCAAAACACGAGUUUCAGAACCACAUUGUAGUAUGCGUGUUUGGAGAUGCCCACUGUACCCUGGUGGGGCUUCGGAAUUUCGUGAUGCCCCUGAGAGCCAGCAACUACACCCGGCAGGAGUUGAAGGACAUUGUUUUUAUUGGGUCUCUGGAGUACUUCCAGAGAGAAUGGCGAUUUCUCCGAAACUUUCCCAAGAUACACAUUAUGCCUGGAUCUGCACUCUACAUGGGAGAUCUGAUUGCAGUCAAUGUAGAGCAGUGCUCUAUGUGCGUCAUCUUAGCCACACCCUACAAGGCACUGAGCAGCCAGAUUCUGGUGGACACAGAGGCCAUCAUGGCCACUCUCAACAUCCAGUCCCUGCGGAUCACCUGUCCUAGUCCAGGGUCUUCAAAGUCAGAAGUAAAGAUAUCAUCUGGCUUUGAUGGUCAUGAAAGGAAGCAAAGAUACCAACAGAUUCCCAUUCUCACUGAGCUGAAGAAUCCCUCCAACAUCCACUUUAUUGAGCAGAUGGGUGGACUGGAUGGAAUGCUCAAAGGGACUAGCUUGCAUCUUAGCACUUCUUUCUCCACCGGUGCUGUCUUUUCAGACACCUUCUUGGAUUCUCUCCUGGCCACGUCCUUCUACAACUACCAUGUCGUGGAAUUACUUCAGAUGCUAGUGACUGGAGGCAUAAGCUCUGAGAUGGAACACUAUUUGGUUAAGGAGAAGUCCUAUAAGACAACUGAUGACUAUGCGGCAAUCAAGUCUGGGAGGACGCGGUGUAAGCUGGGACUCCUCUCUUUAGACCAAACCGUUCUAUCAGACAUUAAUCCAAGAAAAACCUUUGGACAGCUGUUCUGUGGCUCAUUGGAUAAUUUUGGGAUCCUAUGUGUCGGCUUAUACCGCUUGAUGGAUGAAGAGGAACCCAGCCAAGAACACAAAAGGUUUGUGAUCACCAGGCCAUCCAAUGAGUGCCACCUGCUGCCCUCAGAUCUCGUGUUUUGUGCCAUCCCUUUCAGUACCACCUGUGGCAAAUCAGACAGCAGCUCUUCAAUUCAGGUUCAAGACAACUCUACAAACGCGACGCCAUUGGCCCAGGAGUCGAAUUUCUUCAAUUCGCACCAUGCCGACGAGUCCCACCAUCUUUACCCAGUCGACGACACGGGAGAGAGGUGGUCUCAGCACAACUCCCGAGUCUAUCCUUUGGACACGUUAGGUGCCAGUGAUAUUGUUCAAGAAAAAUAAAAACAGAAACAUGCUAUUUUUGUGCCAGUUGCUUAGUGGUC